GGUAUCGCAAAAUUUGUUUACGUUUUCGCCAGAGUAUAAUACUUUAAGAGGAGGCUCUCGCAAAAAGAUCAACAAUAAACAUUUAGAAACUACAUUGUAAAUUGCAUGUUUUGUUAAUACACUUCAUCGCUACAUCUAAAGAGGCAGUGCAGUAUGGCUGAUGUAGAAUAUGAAGGGGAUGCUAGACACUACACACUUUUGACUUUAAUCGGCCGUAACUUUGAGGGUAAUGCUGUGGUCCAUAUUGCUAGACACUGUUCUUCUGGUAAUCUUGUAGCGGUCAGAAGAGUCAACCUAGACAAAGUCAAAGACAGUUUUGCAGAACUUCGUCAAGAAUGCCAUUUCUCCAAGCUAAUGCAACAUGAACAAAUCCUACCACACUACACAUCGUUUGUGAAUGGCAAUGAAUUGUGGGUUGUGAUGCCUCUUAUGGAACAUGGUUCUGCUAGGGAUCUACUCGAUAGGAAUUGUCCUGAUGGAUUGAAGGAGAGUGUGAUAGCACAGAUUAUGAGAGAUGUUGUUCUGGCUCUAGACUACAUCCAUAGAAUGGGCUAUAUCCAUAGGAGUGUAAAGGCCAGUCACAUCCUGCUUACCCAAUCCGGUGGUGUUCACCUAUCUGGACUGAGAACAGCAGUGAGUAUGGUGGAAGAUGGCAAGCGACUCAAGGCAGUUUAUGAUUUCCCCUCACUGACCACAGUAAGGAACUUGCCCUGGCUAGCAACUGAGGUACUAGAACAGAAUCUUCUUGGAUAUGAUACCAAGUCUGACAUUUACAGUGUUGGUAUCACUGCAUGUGAGCUGUCAAAUGGAUGUGUUCCUUUUUCAGAUAUGGUACCCAUGAAGAUGUUACUGGAAAAGAUCAAUGGUACAACACCCAAGCUCCUAGACUGUUCUACGCUGUGUGAUGUUGAUGGUGUGCCACCCCAAGAACCAGGCUCUAGGGUUGAUAGUGGCAUCGGUGGAAGCACUGGACUAGCUAAUGUACCCAACCCCUAUGACAGGAGAUUCUCAACUCAUUUUCAUGAUUUCAUGGAAGUAUGCCUCCGAAGAGAACCAGUGGAUAGACCCAGUGCCUCUCAACUCCUGCAGCACCCAUUCUUCAAGCAAGUGAGGAAGUCAUCUAGUGAUGUCUUGGGACCAAUGCUACAAGCAGUCCAUCCCCUCUCUCAGCUAAGAGAGGGCAAAGUGGAUGACCAAAGUGAGUACAUAGACAACUCUGAGGUUGGGAACAUUGCAGAAGCUGUGCAGAGAUUUGAGACUUUAGACAUGGUGGACCCUUGGGAAUUUGACUGAAGAAUUCAACCGUUCCAUCAAGAUCUCUGAGAGUUUGAAAAUGCCCAGUAACCUAUGCAGUCCAAGAUAGGUGGUGUUACUUACAUAACAGAGGUUCCUCACUCAUGUACAUAGUGACAACUAUGUAUCUGAACACUGAUAGCACAUGAUGUGAUACAAAUUUCUUUGCCAUUGCAUGGGAUUUUUAAAGCUCUUGAUAUAGCAUUAAAGUGAGGACUGUAAAGUUGGCUUGUUCAUCAAAGCACGCUUACAGAUGUAUGUAAGUCAGAGUUUGUGGUAGCCGUGUAGCUGCCUUACAUGUAGAACAAUAUAAAGAGUAAAAAGUGCAAUAGUUAAGAGAGUAGCUACAUGAAAAUUUAAUCUUGAAGCUUCAUUUGGCUGUGUGCAUCAUCUAUUUUUUUCCAUAAAGGUAAUAUCAGAUGACCACUUUACCAAAGAAAACUGUUAUUGUUCAGUUAUAUUUGUUUUAUGUCGAACUCGGUAUCCACUCAGUCCAUAAAAACAUGAAGUUAAUUGUACAUGAUGUGAUACAAUGGAUUCAUUGUAUGGGAUGAUAUGUCAUGCAUGUAUGUAUCUCUGUGACUUUAACUUGAUGACGGGUCAUGUAUCUUUUUUUAGAGAAAGUCUUUGUCAAUCAGUGUCAACUGUUACCACAUCCUGAUCUAGUAAGUCCUGACAAAACAAAAACCAAACAUUUCUAAAUGAUAAAUCUAGGCUGAAACUUAAGUACACUGAAAGUCAGCAACACAGAUAGGCAAAUGUUGGUACCUGCAUUAUCAUUGCUUGGAAAAAGAUUGUCCUCUGGCAGGCGAUUGGUUUGAAUCUUAUCCCAUAUGAAGAAUGUGUAUUUUGCCUUGCAAGGGCUAGUGUGUGUGAACACUGGAGACCAAUCUACAGGUGGGAAAUGCUGUAUUCUACCUAAAUCACUUGGGACAUAUUUCAUGUACAUCCAUUCAUAGUGCAUACAAACACUUGAGUGAUGUUUUGUGCAUUUUGUUUAAAUUCAUUUUUUUUUACUGUUACUAUAACUCAAAUUAAUGUUUGACCAAUGAAUGUGAUAAGAUUAUCAGUUUCUAUCAUAUAUAUCUUAUGGUAGGUCAAGCUUUAAUGGCAGGCAUAGUUAUCUGGCAAAAUAAAGAACUAUAUGUUUUACACAUUUGUAAAUGUGUGCAAUCCUUUAUGAAAAGUGUUAAUUCUUUGUUUACUUUGGACUUUGGACAUUCAUGUUUCAAAAUGAAUAUCAGUAAUGGAAAAGAAGUUAUUUAACUUGUUAUUUUGUCAAAUGUUCCAUUUACAUUAAUCUUAUCCAGGAAAGCUGCGCAAUUAUUAUUAUUAUUUUUUUUUGGGGGGGGGGAGUCACUAAGACAGGUCUCUGUAGAUGAAAUUUGUGUGCUUCAAAUUUUACCACUUUUAUAAACAUAAUUUGAAAGUUUAUACAUGACGGGUGAGCUAGCAUGCUAGUUAGUAUGUAUCAGAUCUAAAAUGUUAGUAUUAUAUUGAUAUAUUGAUUUAUUUAUAGCUUGGAGAAAACCUGUUUAUAUCAUUAACCUUCAUUAGAUACGUUAUCCAAGAAAGAGGUUUUUUUUAAAUUACAAUUUUAUAAUCAAGAAUAUUUAAAAUUUGAUAUAUUAUGUUAAAUGGAUGUUUUAUUCUAUAACAUGAAAAAACAUUUUAUUGCUUGGAGUAAUUUUGAGGGAUCAUCAUACCAUGUAUAGUGAGAUAUGAUAUAGUUCCUUUUAAAGCAUAAAUUAACUUUGUCAACAGUAGCGGGGAAAAAUUGCUUCUGACGAUUGAGAGGUAUACUGCAUCUCUUCCUAGUUUAUGAUCAUAAGUUAAGUGCCUUUUACUUUUUAGAUGAAAUGGAAGUCAUUUGACUAUCUAAAAGGCAAAGAAUAUUGCCUAAGAUCACCCAGCAGACAGACCAUGUUGGGUGACCCAGUACAGCAGCAGCAUGCAAUAUAUGUAGACCAUUCUGUAUGGUAUAUGGUGAUAUCCUUAUCAUAGAAUCAUACAUAUCUUGAUAAAUAACUGACUACCUAACUUAUAAACUUCUAACCAUUUUAGUCUGACCUUAAGGAUUGUGAGAACAAUUUUGAUUAUCAGUCGUUGACAAAGUUAUUGAUCAUCUUUGAUAAUGAUAAUAACUCUUGCUUAUAUAGUGCUUACUUUCUCGAUCUCUAAACGCUCUGCAGUAAUGCAGCAGAAUUACCCUGGCUUUGGCAGAGCAGCUGCUACGCGCACUGCGUUUCAAGGAAUAAUUCUACCAUUUCCUAUCUUUAAGAAAUGUAGUGCAUUGUUUCAAAAUCUCAAGACUUGGUCUACUUGCUUGGCUCGUACAUAUGAGCUGUUACUGAAGUAUUUUCAACAGCCACCUGAUCAAUUCAUUUUUAUGAAACUAGCCUGCUUUUUAGUCUUGUGUGCAUGUUUCAUGAUAUGCUACCAUUAAUCUUUGGGGAAUAAUUUGACUUAAAUUAUUUGAUAUUAUAAUCAGGUUACCCUCAAACAGAUAUAUAUUGAACAGCUCAUUUAAUCCCUCGUUGAGAAAGCUUGACUUACCCAUCAGCACUAAUAAGAAAUGAAAUACUGCUGGUACAUAUGGCAGAACAGUGUUCAAUUAUCUCAAAACAUUUGUGGAGUACAUGUAUUGUAAAUAUUAAAUCCUGUGAGUACAAAUGAUUUUGCUAUGUGUACAAUGCAAGGAAAAGAUGUUUGAUAUAUUUGGCGAGUUGAUAAAUAGACUUUGCUAUGCUUAAA